GCUGGACACAGGCGGUCAGUGGCUGGUGGAGGUGCGACACGGGAGGACCGAAGGAUCAGAGUCUCCAAAGGUGGACAGUGUGACCGGAUCUUCAGAGGCGGAUAGUGGGUCCGGUGUCUCCAGCAGGCGGACCAAGGAGGACUGAGGGACUACGACCGAGGACUCGACUCUCCAGUGGACAGACCGGUGAGGACCGAGUGACCUGAGCCUCCGUGGGAGGGACCCAGGUGGACCAAGGGACCUCACUCGCCAGUGGACGAAGUGAGGAGCCAGACUCGACAGUGCCAACAGUGACUAGCCCAAGACUGCAGGAGGAAAACUGUUCUGACUGAAGUAGCCAGGCUGUCCAGACUGCACCAGACAGACCAGUCUGUGGCAGACUCAGACACUGAUCAGCACACGGUGGCUAUAAGAGACAGCGAGGCUCCAAUCUGCAGAAGUGCUGCUGCUACGGACUUCAUUGAGAUUCGGCUUGCCAAGUGUCUUAUCCAGCAUCUCAGUGAUCGCCUGGCAAAUAUCCCACAAUGGCAGUCACCGACCGGAGGCGAGCUUUUCUCCAGCUUCUGCUGCUCCUGCUGCUGCUGGCGACGCUACUGCCAUCUACCGACGCCCUGUUCAACUUCGGCGUCGACCUGUACCCUGACUUCAAAGGCCCGGCGCCGUUCAAAGGAGGACCCCUGUUGACGCCGCUGGCGCUGACAAUCUUCGCCUGCGCAGUUCUCGCUGGUCAGUACGGUUUUCUUCCGAUACGAAUUUCGGACGCUGUCGCGGCACUGCGUCGGUAUCGACAGAGGACGCGGCUUAGACGACUGAGGCGACAUCUGUAUCCGGAGGAGCCCCUAGACAUCACCAUACGAGCACUGCAGCUCCUGGACGAGGCCAUUCAGCUGUACAGCAGGACUCCGUACAACAGACAACUCCGUUCGACACGGGAGUGAGCCGCUAAUGUAGGCGGCGGGUUUAUUGUUUGCUAGUGUGUGAAAGAUCGGGUAUUGCGCGCCCGGUCCAGGCCCAGCUGCUCUAGGGGUUACUGGAUCAUAACGGCGCGUUGCAUGUAUUGAU